AUGGCCCAUGAACCGCCGACGGAAGAGGUCUACAGCCUUGAGGAGGAGCCUGGGCGGCUAGGCUCAACCGCGCCUUCGCCAAGUACCUUCCUGGAAGAGCUUACUCGGAUGUUCGGCAAGGAGAUGACUCCAGACCCAGACUGGGCAAAUCAGAUGCAGGAACCGAAUGCCUCGCAGCAGAGCCUGUCAAGCGAAGGAGCCGGCAGCCCAGAUGUUCAGGUGGAGGUAGAUGGAGCUGGCGACGUCAUUCCUGUGCAAGGAGAAGCCCAAGAAUUCAUGGGUGUCGCAGCUGCAGCAGCAGCACCUCUACCCGCAGCGCGUCCCGACAUUGUGGCCUGGUACAGAAGCGAGGACUGCGCAAAAGCUUGGAAGAGUUCCGUCGGUGCUUGGAAAGGUCGCUUGACCAAGGGCGAUGUUCAGUGCCUCUUCCAUCUUGGAGAGGGAGCCAGGAAUCCUGUCAGGUUCUUAGAUGGAAUGAUCGAGUCAGGCUAUGAUUUCGGCGAGAUCAUGACAGGUCAGGACUACACCAUCUGUUCCAUCACCCGGUACACAAGCGAUUUUCACGGAGACCAGCAGCGCAUUCUCACGAACAAUAAUCCGAAUUUCCUUCACGGGCACCAUGCUUCACGUGCUGGCAUCGCCUACUCCUCAAAGUGGGUGACGAACGAAAACGUGGCCAUCACCGACCCGACCGAGCGUCAGAAAUGGCUUGUGAUGUGUUUCAGCCGGGCAGGAAUUGUCAUGAGGGGCACGGAGAGGAAAAACAUCGCAGCGCAGGAAGGCGGGACAUAUCACAAGAAUUUUAACGUCUACAUCAAUGAGGGGUACUUGAACGAGGUCUCAGAUUUUGGGGCGAUGGAGUUGAUCACAUGGAGGCGGUCACUCACUGAACCGGAGCUUUGGCACAGCAUGCACUACCUGAACUGGAGACUCAAGAUUGGACUUCAGCCUGCAGCUCAGUCGGCGAUGGUGGCCUGGUUCAAGAGCGAGAAUGCCAAUCGAGUGUGGCCGAGUUCCGUGGGGACUUGGCAAGGCCGUGUAACCAAGGGCACAACGGAUGUCAAGGUCGAACAGAAACACAAGGAUUACUUUGGGAGAACACCCGGGCCGAAAUGGACCUACCUUGCCGGCAGCACCGUGUGCGGUUAUGAUUUCGGCGAGAUCAUGACUCCGGACUUUACGAUUUGUUCGGUGACCCGUUAUCUGAACAAGUUCAACCAGGCACGCAUUCUCUCGAACUUUCAUCCGAAUUUCCUUCACGGGCACCAUCACAAGCGUGUUGGAUUGGCUCACUACUCCACGUGGGUCACUGCACACCCCCACCCCCCGGAGGUCGGCGAUACUGAGUGGGUUGUAAUGUGCGGCAACCGGGAAGGUUUGGUCAUGAGCGGCCUGGAUCGGACCAACAAAGGAAAGCACCCGGGCGUGAAGUACCACAAGAACUUCAAUUUGUACAUCAACGAGGGUCUGAAUGAGGUGUCGGACUGGGGUGUGAUGGAGGUCAUUACCUGGAAUCGGCCACUCACAGAGGAAGAAAUGUGGACGAGCAUGGUUUACCUGCUCUGGAAAGUUCACAUUGGCAACCACUGA